UCCAGCUCUGAAUACCGCUCGGCCGGGGAGGCAUGAAGACUGGAAGAUAAGCGGGAUACAUCGCUGCUGGAUACACGGAAGAAGAGCACGGAGGACGCGCUCUGAUAUGCUUUGCUUGAGUCAAAAUGGAUGAGCGUCAGACCCACGUGAAGCUCAGCGAGGAGAAGCUGAUACUAAAGUCUGACAUCCUGUCGCUGCUGAGGACCUACAACUGUUACCACGAAGGGAAAAACUUCCAGCUGAGGACUCGGGAGGAGGACGGAGAGCUUAUCCUUGAAGGGUUGCUGAACAUCUACUGGGGUCUGCGUCGACCAAUCAGACUUCAGAUGCACGAUGACAAUGAAAGAUUUCGUCUCAACCGAAACGACAGGUCCUCCUUGAUAAAGCAGUUUUCAGGGGAGGCCAAUAAUAAUUCAGUUGGCAGUGAAAGCCGAGCAGCCGGUGAUGACGUCGGCGGUCUGGAGGAGGAGGAUUCACCGCAGCUGCUGAGGACAAGAAGUGAUGCUUCCUUCAUGCGUGUGCAGAGAAGGUCAAACACGCGCACCGCCAGAGACCUGCACCGCCUGCGCUCACACAGGUUCUCAAUCAACGGACACUUUUACAACCACAAGACAUCUGUAUUUACUCCGGCGUUCGGUUCAGUAACUAAUGUACGAGUGAACAGCUCAAUGACGACUAUACAAGUCCUCAACCUGCUGCUACACAAGUUUAGGGUGGAGAAUAAAGCUGAAGAGUUUGUCCUCUACAUGGUGCACGAGUCUGGUGAGAGGACCCGACUGAGGGAUGGCGAAUACCCGCUGGUUUCUCGUGUGCUUUACGGACCCUGUGAGAAAAUCUCCAAGAUCUUAAUCACGGAGGUCGACCUGGGAGAGGAAGUCACUUAUGAUGUGGCCCAAUACAUAAAGUUUGAGAUUCCUGUUUUAGACAGCUUUGUGGAGAAACUGAAAGAGGAAGAGGAGCGCGAGAUAAACAAACUAACCAAAAAGUACAGUGCUCUGAAGUCAAUGAUUCAACAUCAACUGGAAGGCAAAGAUCACACCAGCGACAGAGUAUGAAUGUGUCUGUAUACGUGUACGGAUGGUGACCUGUUUGAAUGUGUAGGUGUGUGAGGGGACGGGUUAGGUGCAACACUAGGACUGUUGAUUUACGAUGGUAAUAUAUGUAAACUGUAGUGCAGCGGUUCUCAACUGGUCUAGCCUCAGGACCCACCACCACCUCCUUGAUUAGAAGUCGUGACUCAAAUUUCUGAAAAUAUUCAACCUCUUAGAUUUAUUUUUAAAGAUUAAUUCUGGGGCUUUUUGUGCCUUUAAUGGAGAGAUAGGACAGUGGAUAGAGCUGGAAAUCAGGGAGAGAGAGUAGGGAAU